AAAACCCUCCAUUUUAAUAAAAACCAAUAGCCACAAAACAUCUUAGGACGAUGUGAUGGGAUAAAAUACAUUAAAAACUACAUUACUAGGUCAUGAAAAAAAUUGCGCACCUAAAGACUGUUAAUGAGUUGCAGGCAUCUACUACAGUCUUCCAAAUCCACAGGAAAAGGGGUUUACCCUGCUGAUCCGUGGGCAUACAAAAUUUUUCUAGUUAAUGAGCAUGUUUCAGGCCACUGGACAGAAAAUGGAUGGGAUGUUGUACCACCUCUACCAGUCUUUGAGAUUCUAGUCGAGCGCCAGUCUUUGAGAUUCUAGUUGAGCAGAUAAAAUAUUUCAUUUGCUUGGUGAUUCUCACUCUAAGAAGGAUUUGACAAUGGCUACAAAGGUUGAGCAGACAUCACUUCUUGAACGGCACCGUAACCAAUCUACAGCAUCACCUGCCACAACACAAGUAGCAGCAGCAAAUAGUCCAAAAAUUUCUAUGCGGGCUGUAAAAGCAGGAGUUAGUUUUGUUAUUCCUAAAAAUAAGUUGUCAGGAGCUCUUGUUCCAGUAGUUCGUGGUGGUGUUAAAGCUGAAAAGAAUGAUUCUAAGAAGGAUGAGGAGGUCAAACAGCCCCUUAGGAAAACAAAGUGGGGCAUUGAUUUGACACAAGAUGCUGCUGUAAGAAGAGGAAGGGCACUGGCCUAUCAGACUCGUGUGGAGCAAAUAGCUGCACAGCUGGAGUUAGGCAAUUUGGAGAUUGACCCUGAUGAAGCUACGAGAUCACCAUCUCCUCCACCAAUAUAUGAUAAAUCUGGGGAACGAACAAACACUAGAGAGGCAAGGAAGCGGGAGCAGUUGGACUUGGAAAGACGGGAAGCUAUUGGUGAAUGCCUGCGCUUGAAUCCUAAUUAUAAACCUCCAGCAGGAUACAUUUCUGUUAGCAAAGAGGCAAAGAUUUCCAUUCCAGUGAAGGAGUCUCUCGGACAAAAUUUUGUUGGCUUGAUUCUAGGGCCCCAAGGCAAUACCAAGAAAAGGCUAGAAGAAGAAACAGGAACAAAAAUUACAAUAAAGAGUGGAGCAGGGGAUGCUAAGGAAGGAAUGGAGAUAGAUAGUGCUGAUUUUGAUGGAAAGGAAAUCGGGAGCAUAAAUGAAGACUUGCAUGUGCAUAUUUCAGCUGAUACUUAUGAAAAAGUUGAUGCUGCUGUAUCACUGCUUGAAUUGCUAAUGACUCCAGUCGAUGGAAAUAUUCCACCAGCUGGUCCAGAUGUUGCAUCAUCGUUUGCAGAUGGUUCAAACACUUACAAGCAAGGUGCACAAGUGGCAAAUGCAAGCCAUUCUAUGCUGAAUGCUGAUUUGACCCAAAAUUAUGGGCAACCGACACCAGUUCCCCUCCCUGGGCAGCAACCAAUGCAUCAUACAUGGCCAUCAUCUGCCACAGGAGCUACUGCUAAUGUUGCAUGGCAACCAUCUGCAUCCAUCACAGAAGCUCCACGUGGUCAGUUUUGGCCCCAUCCAGGGCAUUGGCAGUCAAUGGGUGCAAACAACAAUGCAAUGCAAUCCCAUUCUGGCCCAUCUGGUGCACCAAAUGCUGCUAGUUAUGGUAUGAAUAAUGCAAACAUGUUCAUUCCUCGAAUGCCACAACCAACUUUUAACUCAUUCCCUCCAUUCCCAGUCUUUAGAGGAAGACCUCCUCCACCAGGGUUUACUCCACAUGCAACACCUUCAAAUGUAAGGAACACGGUGUUUGGUCCUGUUCAUAGGCCUCGACCGCCAUUCCCUGUUCAACAGCGUCCUUAUGUGGAAAUGGCAUCACAAAACCAUUCGGCAGUAAUGAAUCCUGUAACUGGAGUUUUUGGUAAUCCACAUCUGCAAUCUCAAUCUUCCCAGGCUGUACAUCGUGGUGGAACAAAUGCAUCUCCAUUACCACCGUCUUCAAACACAAUAGCUGGAGGUGGAUAUGGUCCUCAUGUAAGUCAAGGAGGAGUAUCUGCUUCUGCACCAUUGCCUGUUCCCACAUUUUCAUCUGUAAUGCCUCAUGCAGUGCCAUCUCAAGUUCCUAUUACACAACCUUACGGUCUUCAACAACAACAAAUGCAGCUUUCACGACCACCCAGUUUAGCAAGUCAUGCAGGUUCCGUUGGACAAGUGAGUAUGCAGGGAUUAUCUUCAGCAACAUCUCAAGGAGCUCCUGCUGUGAUGCUGCCAUCGGCUAUAUCUCCUAUGUUAUCAUCUUCUGGAUUGUCACCUAGUGCACCCCAGGGAUCACAUGCUUCAGCUGUAUCUGCAGUUGCAGCUCCUGUAUUUCCAUCUCCUGGAUUGUCACCAGCAGCACCCCGGGUGGUAAAUUCUGCAAUUCCAUCUGCUAUCUUGCUAUCUCCUCGACCGCCACCAGCAGCACCCCAGGCAGUACGUCCUGCAGUUCCAUCUCCUAGGUUGCCACCAACAGCACCGCAAAGAGCACAAAUGACAGUCCCACAUGUAGGUACCUCUGCUGUCUUACCAUCUCCUGGAUUGCCUCCACCAACACCACGACCUGUGCAUGUUGCCUUGCCACCCUUGCAUGCUUCUCCGGUACAGUCUAUUAGAUUGUCUGUGCCACAAACUCAAUCAACAGCUGUUGCAGUUCCUCCUGUAGUUCCAUCUCCCGUUCCUCCUAUGGGUAACAUACUCCACACCCAACCACCAAAAAUGGAUUUUAUGUCACAAGGCUCUUCUGCAGGGUUAGCUUCAGUUGCAAUACCAGUUGUAUCAACUGCACCAACACCAACAUCUAUUGCAUCUGGAAUGAUGCAUAGCACUGUGGCUACAAUGCAGUCUAGUGUUAUAAACAGGCCUAAUGUUCCAACACCAAUAUCUGCUAGUAUAGCAUCUGUGAGUUCUCAAGGUACAAGUGUGCCAUCGUCAGCUUCUCCCAACACCUGGCAACCUCAACAUUUGCGCUCAGGAGAUUUCACAUUUCAACCUCUUAGAUCCCAGGCGCCUUCACCACCUCCAUCUAUUUGGCCUCCACCUUCUCAGCCUCCACUUGCUGAUGUGCACCCAAAAAAUCAUGUGCCCAUCGUAAGACCUGGAUUUCAACCAGCUGUUCCGAAUCUUUCUCAUCCUGGUCAAAUAAGAGUAAGUGCACCACUUCCUCCAACACCAUCUGCAUCUGUUACUCCAUCGGUGCCGCCAAUGCCUCCCCUUCCACCUCAAGCACCUUCAUUUAGGCCUGCAGUUUCUGUUCCUUCUCUGCCACCCGGUAACACAUUGCAGCCCACUUUUUCAGUACCAUUGAAUGUGUCUGUCUCCCCAACGACUGGCAUUUCACCUCCAAAGCCUGGCUUCUUAAAUGCAUCACAACAGAUGCCUGCAAGACCUCCUGGGUUGUUGUCCUCAGCAGCUAUUCCAUCCUUUGGUUCACCAGCAACACACACCAACCCUCCCCUUCCACCACAUCCAAGACCACAGUCUGGCCCCGAUGGAUUCCUUCCUUUUCCUCCAGGGCGUAGUGUUCCGGACUUUCAUCACCAAGGGGUUCAUGCAUCAACAGCUUUCCAAAACCUGCCCACAUCCAAUAUUUCUGUCCGACCAACUAAUGCCCCACCACCUGGGGCUCCCUUAGCUGCACUCCCUCGUAAUGUUCCUAACCAGUUUGGAGGAUCUGCGUUUGGACAACAACAGAACAGCCCUGCAGUGUUUCCCAAUAUAUCAACAGUGCCGACAAAUAAUGUUAAACACAAUCAUAUAAACAGUCCUCAGGUACAACUUCCAUCCAGUCCUCAAGUAAGGUCAAUUGUUCCUGGUCAAAUGCAUGACUUUGGAUAUGGAGGACAGGGUGGCAAGACAUUGCCUGCAACAAGAGAAGUUGGUAGCAAUCAAAGUUAUGACCCAUUCUCUCCUACAUCAAUACCUGCUGAACAAUUGCCUCCACAAAAUGAUCAGAUGAUGAGCACAGUUGAAGCACAAGACAAGCAAGAGACAGAUGCAGAAUAUGAAAAUCUAAUGGAGUCAGUUGGUGUUAGGUAGUUUUGCUAUUAAAGAAACAAAAUUUUCUUUGCUAGAAUCUAUGUUAAGAUGCAUCUAUGCAGGGUUGUCCUGGCAACAGCAUUCAUUGAUCCCUUUAAUCUCAGGAUUUCUUUGACGAGUGUCUGAUUGCGAAGAGCUGAACAUAAGAUAUGAGUAAUUGGUAUUGUUUCUGGUGCAUCUUAUUCGAUUUCCUAAAUUCUUUAAUGGAAGGAAAUUCAUUAUACUUGCUUGUCACAUAUUGUGUGGAGGUCGAGGGCACAUUGACUGAAUACAAUUUGGAAUUAGUUUUUUUCUCACAAUAUUUCUCAUAAAUUCAAUAGUGAUGGUAUCAACUUUAGGACA